CUGUACAUAAGUUAAAUUAGCGGUGUGUAUGGAUGAUGGGUGUAUAAAUAGGAGGAUUCUAAUUGACAAGAGUACAAUUCACCAGUGGGAGACAUCAAGAAGAGGAAACAAGAUGGCGAGCAAAAAAAUGGAAUUCGGGAUUGCGGUUUUGCUAGUGGUGAAUUUUGUCGGGGUGACGAUUGGCAAACCGGAAGUCCCUUCGUCGUACCAAGUCCCGUCCUACGCUGCACCGCCAGCCCCCACGGCGCCAUCAUCGGGAGGUUACCCUUCUCCUCCGUCGGGAUAUCCUCCCUCUCCUCCUUCUUCUGGAUAUGGAGCACCUCCACCACCGCCCCCACCACCUCCUCCAGUUUAUGCGGCUCCUCCUCCCCCUCCUCCACCACCACCAGUUUAUGCAGCACCCCCUCCACCACCACCAGUUUAUGCAGCCCCACCCCCACCUCCAGUUUAUGCAGCUCCACCACCACCUCCACCCCCACCUCCACCACCCGCACCAGUGUACGCAGCCCCACCCCCACCACCACCACCUCAGCAGUCCUACGGUGCCCCACCCACAGCUCCGCAAGCUCCACCCCAACAAUACGGAGCUCCUGCCCCACCACCUCCAUCCGGGGGAUAUGAUUCACCUGCCCCACCCCCUCCAUCCGGUGGAUACGAUUCUCCUGCCCCACCCCCACCUUCCAGUGGGUACGAUUCUCCUGCCCCAGCUCCAGCUCCAGCAUAUGCGGCCCCUGCACCCCCACCUCCACCACCUGCAGAUUCGUACGGCACACCCCCAAAGUUUUCAAGCGGACCUUACCCUUAAAUUGGUCAAAGUAUUGCUAACUUAAAUAUUUAGCAAGCCUACAUAGCUCACUUUUAAUACUUUUUUUACCACCCUAAUAUAUGUACACCUCUAUGACCUAUACUCAACUCGAGCAAAUUCACAAUACUAAAAACGAACUAUUUAAUGAAUGAAAAAUACAAUGCAAUAUCAAAUUUCACAUUCUCACACUCAAUUUGUUUCCUGCAUCUGCAAUAAAAUUCUGAAUUCAUUCUAUGAAA